UGCUUCCCCCCACGUUGAUGAUAGUAUAUGGUCAAAAGCUGUUCGCCCCAACCCCACAAGUGAAGGGAAAAAAACUCUGUGUGUUCUACCUCUCGCUGCUGCUGCUCAGAAACAAAUAUUUUUCGUCGACUGAGCCGAGCAGCCGUUUAGUACCCACUUCUACUCGAGGAAACCACUGAGAAAAUUGUUUGCUAGCAGUGUCGACGAGAGUCGGUGGUCGGGCUAGCUGGCGUGAUAUUUUUUCACGUUGGGGCUGACAUAACUCUUGGUCAACUUUUCGGAACCAUUCACCUUAAUCAUUCGCAAUUUCGACGGCCAAAAUAGUCGGCUUGAUUGUAGUUUUUGUAAUCACUUUCGAAACGUGAAAAGUGUUCACAGUUCGGGCGGUCGAAAAAUCAAUUUCGUGAAGCUGAAGCGAGCGUCGUGUGACAUUUCGAAAUAUCAUCAUCACCACCACCACAAUCGGGUGACAAGAGGGUGAAGUUCGAGGAAAGUUUGCAAAAUCAUGGCGAGCUUUUUUCCCAUCUAAAAGUGGGUGGAAAAUUUAAUUUCCUGCCAAUUAAUCAAAGGAGUCUGGUCGUUGCUAGCAAUAACAACCUACCCACCACACUUGCUGAAGAUGGAGCAACAGCAGUAGGCUGUGAUGCCCCUAAGCUAAGGAGAUGUCUAGCUAGAAGUGCGGUGUUGAGGAAACGAAGAAAAUUUGCACAAAAUUGAAAGCGAAGGCAGGACCUGCUGCUGCUGCUGUGUGAACGUCCUGUGGGUGAGCUCUUAACGUUGGAAAUUGUGGAGAAGCGAAAUUGCCCCAAAGUAAACAACAACAGCAAACGCUAGGUAUCUACAUACUAGCAAACAAACUCGAAGACGACGGACGCCUAGAAGAUGUCGUUCGAACAGGACAGCAACGCUCCGGUGGAUCCGCGAGUUCAGGUUGAAUUAGAACGAUUGAAUGAAGCCACGGACAACAUCAAUAAAUAUGAAGUAGAACUUGAGGAAGCCAAAACCGAGUUCCGUGAAAUCCUGAAAGAAAGUGCCGAAAAAAUCAAAGCAAUCGCCAAAAAGCUUGGCAAUUCCAUAGAAACGGCUAAACCCUACUACGAGGCACGGCUGUAUGCAUCCCAGUUAACCAAAGAAACGCAACAAUCGGCCAUCAACUAUGAUAAGGCCAAAUCGAUCCAUGCGGCGGCCAAGGAGAUGGUGUACCUGGCCGAGCAGGGCCUAGGGGAAAAAUCAACGCUGGACACCGCCUGUCAGGAGAUGCUGACCCAUGCCACGACGCGCGUUAACGAGUCGCAGAACGAGUGCACCGAGAUGCGCAAUCUGUUGCGCAUAAGCGAGUUGAAGCUGGAGGUGGCCAAUAAUCGCGUGUCGAAGCUGCACUCGCAGCUGAAGAGUUCUAUUAGGGCGUCCAGACCGUAUUAUGAGUUGCGUGCCAACUACAAUGCGCUACUGCUGGAACAGAAACAAAAGGUUGUGGAUCUGGAGGCCAAAGUAACCGAAGCAAAAAUGACCUACAAUGAGGCACUGACUUGUUUGGAAAGAAUUUCCGAAGAGAUACACCAGAAACGGAAAGCCCGAGCCAGUAGCAUCGAUGAAGAUGCAUCCGGAUCAUCGUCGUCUUCAACGCAACAGUUGCGCAACGGACAGGGUCUAGGUCAAUCGAUCCGGAGUCCUUCGACUGCACGAAUUGAGUGUAAUGAUGAGUACUUAGAGUUUCCCGCCAAACUUGUCAUCAAAAAUAGCGGUCCCAUAAAACCGAAGUAUCUGGACAAAUUGGAGUGUCCCCAUCUGUUGAAGGAUUUUCCGCAACUCAGAAAGACGAGUCCGGGCGGGGAGAGCGAUUCUGACAACAACUAUCUCUUCUCGCCGAAUCGAACCAUCGACGAUAUCACCAACAUGUCGUCGGAGGACAUCGAACAGUGGACCGAGAUUCGUUUGUCGCAUUCCAAUAGCAGCAGCUCGGAGUACUCUCAGCACAAUUCGAUGGCCCUGGAGGAUGAGGCGGCCACUCUGCCACCGGAAGUGUCCGAUACCACCGACACCGAUACGGACGACAGCAGCUCGGAACCAAGGAUGAAGGCGCGCAUCAUCAAGAUGGAGCUGCACGACGACAGCACCAAUCAGAAUCUGAUCCCGGGCUUGAGCACAAAAACGAGCGGAACUGGAAGCAGCAGCAUCGCAAGUUGGAUCACUGGUCGCACCAUUGGCCGUUCGGCCUCGAUCUCGAUCACCGGAUGUAACCCGACCGCAGCCAGUAGCAUAAGCGAGGCGGCAGCUCCGACACCAACCGGUGUCAGUGGUACAGCUGCUGGAAGUUCUUCGUCCUCCGGUCGUCGACAAUCGCUGGACAUUAUCAUCGAUACCGGCGAUCGUGUCAAGGACGUUUUCACCCAGGGCAUCCAGCGGAUCGGUCGCACCCUGGAGCGGCGGAACAGUGAAUCGGAGGUUGCCCGUGAUGGCGAUGGGAAUGGCGGCGGGAGUAAUGGCACGGGACCGGGUGGUGGGGGGAGUUUUGCUGGCGCAAACAGUUCGGGGAGUAAUUCCAAUGUUGGGAGUGAGUUUUUUCUCUUCCAACGCUCGUCGGAUCCUGCACGGGAUGGUCUCUCGGAUGAGCAGGUGGAGAACCUACUUCUAGGACAGGACUGUUCGGACCUGUUCCAGAACGUGGUCAACAUAUCGAAGUAGAUCCGAACGAGCGGCGGCAACAGUAACAGCGGAAGUAGAUGGCCAACUAGGCUGUGGGGUCAAUGGAGCCAUGUAGUAGACCAAAAUUGACUCGAUCUUUACACACUGUGAUUCGGUUUGGGGUGGAACCGAUCUCUCUGAGGAGCAUGGGCGGGGCCAAUGUGCAAUCCAAAAUGGCGGACAUAACGCGCUGGAAUAAAAUUAUACACUUAUUAAGCAAUUAUCGCAAACCUUGUAGAGAGAAGGGAGAAUGUUUUAAAUUAUCUAAGGGUAAGUUCGCAUCACUGUGAAAAUCUACAGCAAAUAAUAAAGAAAGAACAGUAAUUAAACCACAUAAAUAAAUAAAUGGAAACCAAAACAAUGUUGUUAAGCAUGGCAGGAAUAUUGAAACAGAGGCAACUAAACCAAACUGCACAAGGCUGUGCCGAUUUCUCAUUGUAACUUAAACGAGAGUGUACCAAAAAGAAGAAAAAAAGCUUAAAGAAAACUAGAACAAACCAUAUCAUUGGCAAAAGACAUGAUAGGUUAGCUUUCCUGGAUAUCAUUACAAAAUUGGAAAAAAAACAAAAAAAAUCAAAAAAAAAUGACUUCUGGGAAGUUCACCGCAACAGAAAAAAAAUCAAUCACUACACUGAGCAAUGAUCAAACCCUACUCUUUCUAGACUCUAAACUUAAAAGUCUAUACUAAAACACAAAUUGAUGAUGGCAGCGCCUCUUUUCACUAUUCCUCUCGUGAGAUUGUUGUUUAAAUUUAAGCGCAAUAAAUAAUACAGCCCAGAAAAAUCAAUUCACAUACAUACAAACAUGUAAUUUAAAAGUAAAGCAAAUAAAACAAAAGAAAAUUGCAAUGAUUCGAAAGUGAGUGGAGGAGAAAUCCUACUAUAAUUUGUACAGUAUUAGGCAAAGAAAAUUGGUUAAGAAUUCUUAAGAGAAAUCCAGCAAACAUUCCUAUUCCAUUGGGUAGCUUUAUUAAUGCGUAGUUGCAAAUAGUUUUGAAUAGAGUUUAAUCAAUUAUCGGGCAGCAAAUUAGCAUUUACCUACUAUUUUAUGUUUUUGUCAGAUUCGCGAAUGUGAAACUUAGACGUUGGUUGAAUUGGUUAGCUGCAGCAAAUAACUACUUGUAGUGCCGAUUGUAACAAUACGAAUAUCUAAUUAUGUUUAAAGCGCAUCUCUCAAAUAAAAACAUGCUCUCGUCAUAAUAAAA